GGAUGGUAGGAUCACAUACGAUUGGAAAUACUUCUCUAGCAUUCUCACGGGCCUGGCAUUCGGUUGAUGCAAAAGAUAGAGUAUUAGGAAGACUAGCAGGAAGGAUAGCAUUGACGUUGAUGGGUAAACACAAACCAAUCUAUGAUCCAGCUGCCGAUUGUGGUGACUACGUUGUCGUAAAGAACGCUACGAAAGUAUUAACAACCGGUGACAAAGCAAACCAAAUAGUCUAUAGAAAUCAUACAACAUAUCCAGGUGGUUUGAAAGAAAUAUCUUUUAACCGCUUAAAAGCAACAAAACCUGAUGAGAUAAUCAGAAAAGCUGUUAGUGGGAUGUUACCUAAGAACAGCACAAGAAAGCAUCUGCUUGAUAGAUUGUUGAUAUUCAACGAUGAAACCUUACCUGAUUCUAUCAAUGGAAAUAUCACAAAGGACUAUCUCAACGGUGAUAAAGUACUCCCACAAGCAGACAAAGGAUGGAAAGCUAUCGGCGGUAGAAGGGGUCCUGAAGGUGGUCCAAGGUGGCAUAAAUCUAGCUUUGGUAGAGCUUAAAAUUAUUUUUUCUCAUGCAUUCUUCUCUUUUAUAGACG